AAUGAGUGGACGGCUUCGGCCCUGCGUGUUAAUGGCGAAUUAAUGACGGCGAUUAAAAUGCAAUAGCCACAUGCAUAGGCCCCUUAAUGAGCAGUUACAGUUACAGUUACAGUUAGAGUACAGUGAAAGAGUGCUAUAAAUUAAAAAAAAAGGAAAAGAGAAAAACCCGCGCCAAGUGCUGCCUACUUAGCGGCAUUUUUGGGGCUGGCGAUCUCUGCGGCCAAGUGCUCGUAGCCCAUUAAAACGAAAAAAAAAGUUGUGUAAAACUCAAUCCGCAGCAGAUUAAGACCCCCCGAAAAAACAAAGGGCAGACUAACUGUCAGUGCGAAAAAGAACCAAAGAACGAAGAACUUUCAUUGCUCCCCAGGCAGAGCUUAGCCGAGAGUGUGCCCGGCUCUAAUUUGACGGAAUCGUUAGUUGACCGGCCAAAGUCCUCCCCCAAGAGCUGCCGCUGGAUCGCGUGCCGAGUACAAGCGUAAUAACAAUAAACUUGCGGAUAACAACCACGGACACAGAUACAAAAAUACAAAGAUACAGUUACAGGAACAGGAACAGAAACAGCAGCAAAAUGUCCCUGCCAUCCAGAGCCAAUUUUGGAUUACUCAACUGGCUCAUCGGCUGGCUGCUGCUGCUGUCGAUGGUGCUGCUCAGAGGCUACAGCGCGGCUAUUGCGCCCACGCCGCCCACAACGACGACCACCACCGUCUCGCCCUCGAACCUGCUGCCCUACUUCGACUUUGAUGUGCCGCGCAACUUGACCGUAACCGUCGGCCAGACCGGCUUCCUCCACUGCCGCGUGGAGCGGCUCGGCGAUAAGGAUGUUUCCUGGAUACGCAAACGUGAUCUGCAUAUCCUCACCGCUGGCGGCACCACCUACACGUCCGAUCAGCGUUUCCAGGUUCUGCGACCCGAUGGCUCCGCCAACUGGACACUGCAAAUCAAGUAUCCGCAGCCACGUGACUCCGGCGUCUACGAGUGCCAAAUCAACACGGAGCCCAAGAUGUCUCUGUCCUACACAUUCAACGUAGUGGAACUCAAAGCGGAAAUCUUCGGGCCCAGCGAUCUGAUGGUGAAAACCGGCAGCGACAUCAACCUAACCUGCAAAAUUAUGCAGGGCCCCCACGAGUUGGGCAACAUAUUCUGGUACAAAGGCAGCGAAAUGCUCGACGGCAAGGGCGAGAACGAAAUCGACAGCUCCAUGGCCCGGAUUCGUGUCGAGGAUGAUUGGACCGACGGCCUGACUUCGAGAUUAAAAAUCAAGCGCGCCAUGCCCGGCGAUACUGGCAACUACACCUGUGUGCCGACGGUGGCAAAAACCUCGAGCGUCUAUGUGCACGUAAUUAUUGGCGAGCACCCGGCGGCCAUGCAACACAAUUCGAGCAGCAACAGCAACAGCUUCUACUGCGGCAUCUGCUGCAUGCUGCUGAGCAUUGUCUCCUGCUGCCUGCAGCACUUCUACGAGGCCGGGUGUGGAUAUAUCCAUGCUGCGGCAGCGGCGGCAAACUCGGCGGCACUGCGUCCCCCGAAGCGAACGGCGCUAACGAACAGCGAAACACGAGUAACUGCAGCAGCAGCAACGGCAACAGUAGGAGCAACAUCCAUGCCAGCGACGUGCAACAUGUUGAGAGAACGCCCAGCGGCGGUUCAGUGCAUGAGAUGAAGGAAUAAUCAACACGCAGUGAAACACUAAAAAGGCAAAAGUACACACACAACCACACCAAGCCACACACAAACACACGCACUCACUCAUAGUACACAUAUUCAAGGUGAUUUAAGUUUUUUAUGUAUCGCAUGGGGGGUCAAGCAUAGGUAUUUACAAACUUCUAAGAUGAAUGCACUUAGUGGACAGAAAACAUAUAUAUUAGCUGAUAAGUGAAAAAGUAUUUAACGAAGAUAAGAGAGACAUAACAAUUGGUCUAAGAUAAUAUUAUUUGCCAUACGUUCUGAUUUAGUUUAAUUACCGAUAACCGCUAGGCAGUAAGUGAUCAUCACUGAUAGACUCCCCGCAACCAUAUACUGAUAUUUCUUGAGCAUUACCUAUAUAUCUGAUUCUAAAACUAAACUCCGGACUGACUGUAUCAAUUUCCCGUUUAAAGAAACCCCACAAGUGACAAUCGAUGGCCAAUAAUAACCGAAAUAUCUAUCGAUUUGCGAUAUCCGGGUAUCGGUAUCUGUUGAAGCAAGGACAAUAUAAUAGUAAGAUGCAUAACGCCACCAGACUCUUUCGAAAUACACAAUCUUUCAUCUUACUUAUGGAAGUUCAAAGGUAUUGGCGUUAUGCAUCUUACUGUUAUGUAGCCUUUGAUUGAUCCCUUUCUGCUGCCAAAUAUCGACUGCACAACCCACAGAAAAAAUAAAAUAUCCAAACUCUCAUUAUGAAGUAAGACUUACUAGCUAUAAAUACUCUGAAAUGCCCGGAACACCCGACAAGCACCCUUUUCCCUGGACUCACAGUAAUCUUCUUCUAUGCAAUCUCUAACUGCCAACGACAACCUUGCACCCAGUAGCCACCCAUUGAGUCAGAAAUUGGAUUGAAAUUCGCUGUAAAUAAUUGCCGUUCGAGGGAAAUAUUUAACCAAGAGCACUUGGAGGUAUUUGCAAAACAAUUAGGAGCAGGAGCAACGCAUUGUUUUAUGUUCGAGUGCAACUCAUUUGCUUUGCACACUUAUAAGUUUUAGGCAUUAGCUACGUUAGAUACGAUUGUGAAUGUAUAGUCGAUAAGCCGAUAUGUAUGCUUUCAUACAUGCGUCAGCACUCGAACCUUGUUUGUGUCAGACCCAAUUGCGGGAUAAACUCGUUUAAUUGUAUAUAAUUAGUUUUGGCUAGAACACAACAAAAAAAAAAAAAAAAACAGAAAACCAAAAAAACCAAACACAAAAGGGGGCGAAAUUUGAAAAUAAAUGCAAUUUAUAAUUGUGCUUAUCGAUAUAAUUGAUACGACUGCCAUGCAAAUGCGCAGGCACUGUAAAUAAAUUCAUUAGUAGACGAAAUUGUAAUUUUAAUUAACUCUUAAAUGAUAUAAACAGAUAAAGCCGAUAAAUACGAUUCGAAUGUUGCGGACCGUUUUUAGCUGGUAAGCAGCACCCCGACGCGAGCCUGGAGUGCAACACACGCAACCUAAAAUUAACUAACACGCAACACGAGACAUAAAACAAUUUGAAUAAUAGUAAAAACUAGUUAAAUUUAAUAUGGACCCCUGGCCAGGACCUCCGUACGUCCUGAAAUUUGUAAAUAGAGUGAUUGGAUCUCGAACUAAUCUGAGCUGGCAAUUAACUAGAGAGAGCGGAGUCGGUUCCCGAUCGAAAACAAUAACGAACGAAACCCUAGCAAAUACAUUACCCAUGAGUGUAUGUCACAGCAUUGCAGCUACAAAAGUAUAUACAUAUUUAAACCAGGUACUCUCAAUACAUUUACGUGUGCGUAUCCAUAGGUACCCUACAUAUGCAUAUACAGAUAGGAUUGUUUAACAGCGACAACUAACACACACGGAC